AUGAGCGGGGGUAGCAACGCCAACAACAAACAAGUGAUGAAGCAGGACAGUAAGGAUCGACCGCUGCUAAACACAUCACCAGCGGACUUGAGCGAUAGUGAGGGCGCGUGUUUUCUGUGCCUAGAAGGAGACCUCAGAGGUGACCCACUGGCCAAAUGCUGCACAAGGUAUUAUUCACUAGUAUACUUCACCUUGUUCAGAGUGAAAAUUUACUUAAGUACAUUUCCGUUUGGUCCCCAAAAUAAGAUAUUAUCUAUCAAUGUGAAGAAUGAUCUUCAGUUAAAUUUCUCAUGUUCCAACAACUACAACUUCCCAGUUGUACAACUAAUUCUUUCAACAUCAAAAUCUUGUUCCACUUCCACCACCACUUCUAGGUGCAACGCCCUCACCCACCAGCGAUGUUGGCACGAGUAUCGGUAUAAUCAGCGCGUGGCCAGUUUGAGGUCACGGAUGCUCAGAGAGUCGCUUCCCAGAAGUCAGAUGGUUUGCUCCAUAUGCAAGACUGGUGAAGCAAAGCUAGCAAGGGAAGAUGCGGGGCAACUCCGCAGUUGGAUGUUUCUAAGUGACGAAAGGGAUAGACAGCAAGAACUCCCAGAUUUCAACGAUGAGUCGCAGGAUUUGGUGGAUGUUGGAGGUACUAAUUAUUGUCAAAUGCCAUGAUCAAAUCCAAAUAUUGAAGAUGAAGUCGUCUCUAACUUACUCUAUCGACCUAUAUAAAAACUCUAUCGACCUAUAUAAAAACUCUAUUGACCAAAGGAAAAACCACCCAAUCUACUCAAAACAGCUUCGAUCUGCAAUUUCAAGCUCGUCCUGUGCAACUUACUUCUUCUCGUCGUCUGCGGAACUAUCACUGCGCUCAUCUUUGCCCACUCUCGCAAUGGCUACAGUGGAGAUUAUCUGAUGACGAGUGUCGUAGUCGCCUACGAGUCCAUCCUUGUGCAAGUAGUCGCCCUCUUUGUCUACACGCGGAGACGAGAAAGAUUGCAAGCGAUGCAACAAAGGAGAUUGCCUGGUGGAUUGCCAACAUGAGUUCCACCUGCUGACCACGAAAAGCAUCAUGGUUGCCGAAGUCCUAGCGGAGGAGAAGAUGGAACAAGCUCUACUUGCUGAUCGGAGUGUUCAACAUCAUGAAUUGUUGUUCUUGGACAACGAGGCAAGGACAGUGUGGCGCACGACAAACAUUUGAUUUAUCACUACGAUGAAGAUCACCGCGGGAAAGAACAUACAACUAGUCUACUACAACGUACUUAAUACCACGUGGAAAUGGAAUAUUGGAUUUCGAACGAGUACCAUCUCCAUUUGCUACUUGUGCUAGUCGUAGCAAGGUUACGCAGGAGAACGAGAAGAAAAUCGGCUCAAUGCUAGACUGGAAACCGAAACAAGGGGACCAACAUCUAGGGAUGAUAGCAGUACUUUAUUUGGACAAGAAGAAGGAGAUUAGCUGAGUUUGGCUGUCGCGGCAGCUGGCUGCUCAUGAGUAUGCACGAGCGUGAAAACUGGUACUCUUCCGUCGAAGAGUCAAGAACACCAAGCCCUCGCAGGCUGGCGGUGCGAACUUCUGAGGAGUGGUCACGACGCUGGUGCGGAUUUAUUCAUCUUGAUGUGAAUAAAUGGGUCUCAAGAAAAGUAAAUGAACCUAAAAUGUAAAGAUCUAGAAGAAGUGUUGAUGUGGAUAUUGUUAUUGAAACCAAGAUGCUUCACUACAUUCAGACAUUGAAAGUACACAACGAUUCAGAUAUUGAAACCAAACAUGCGCCAAGAACGAUCGGCCCCAUUCUACUCUAAGGACAUCAAAUAUGAAAGUCGCAGCCCGCUCCUGUCGCAUCUCUCCCCCCAUUGAGUUCUUGUUAUUGUGGAAUGAAUAUGAAAAUGAAGUGAAGAAGGGAAUUAUACAGAUAUUAUCACACAGAGGAGGAGGACAUCACGAUCACAUACGCACUUCCUUCUACUUAUAAAUAAUAAAGGUGACGACGAUCCUUGUUGAUGUCAUAAUCGUUGUCUCUCGCAGCUCUUCUCCAUUAUGAUAAUAGUUAGUACCCACAGGCACAAUCAUAUUUUGAUAGUACCCACAGUCAUUGUAACAAACAGAUUGGCAGAACAAGAACCUACUGAAGAUCGUGUUCCGGUAGAAGAUGAUAUUGGAAUUACCAACAUCUCAAGAUUUCAAGAGAACAUCCACAAGAGAAUUUGAUGGCUCACAACAAGAAAACGU